AGAUGGAUUCAAAUUUAAAUAUUAUGAAACAAGAAAAUGGUUGAUGUUUUAAAAACUGACUACAAUGGUAGAAAUACUUCUGCACGCAGUGAUGACCAAACGGUCAAGGGGUCAAUCAAAAUUCGGGAGAAUGAACUUCAAGAAGCGUCUGUUUAUUUUGACUAGUGAAUCUGUAAAGUACAAUUCAGGCAAAGAUUUAGAUAACACCGGAACAGUAAAGGGAGAGAUAAAGCUCUCAAAGAUUCAGAUAGUGGAAGAUGUUUCCGGGGGAUCUCUUAGCGGGCAGAAUGGUUUCCCAUUUCAGAUAGUAUACAACGAAACAAAUAAUCCUGCAAAUGCUGUAAGAUUGUAUGUGAUAGCCGGUUUAAAGAAAGAUAAAGAAGAAUGGGUUUCAAAACUUCGGAUACUUAUUGCCCAAAAUAUGGCUAUAGAAGCAUCAUAUCACCCUGGAAUAUUCGAGAAAGCAGGUUCAUUUUUAAAGUGGAGUUGUUGUGGAGCACUAGCUGUAGAGAGUAAAGGGUGCAAAAACUCAUACUUUCAUAAAGACGAGGUGGACCGAAGAAAAGCACUGAUUCCCAAACCGAGCUCGUUUACAGUGGUGGCAGUGUGGGAUCUCACAGCACAGCAAGCCUCUACUGACCUCAACCUCACUAGGGGUGAGAAACUGGAAGUGUUAGACUCAGUAACAGAUCAACACUGGUGGCGCGCACGUAACGCACACGGACAAGUCGGGAUGAUCCCCGAGAGUUAUGUCCGUAAAGAUGGAGUUGAAGUACGGGAGUGGUUCCACAACAUUGAGUCCCGGCCCCAAGUUGAGGAUUUGUUGAAGGAGCACGGCAAGGAUUGUGCGUUUUUAGUGCGGCCGAGUGCGCGAGGAAAAGUCAAGUACAGCAUCUCAAUAUUCUAUAUGGGACAGGUUAAACACUACCACAUCCAGCAAGCUGACGGCUUUUACUGGGUGAACGAGAAAAACAAGUUCCGAUCUGUGGACGAGCUGUUAGACUACCACAGUAUGAACUGUGCCGGAAUGGUAUGCAGACCCCGACACCCUGUACUAAAGGACAGCAAGCCUGCUCCCAUACUGGGCAACCAGUUCGGAAACUGGCUCAUCGACCCAAAAGAGGUUAUCUUUGGUGAUGAGAUAGGGAACGGCCAGUUCGGUGUGGUCUUCAAGGGAAAGUGGAGGAACUACGAUGUGGCUAUUAAGACCAUGAAGGAGGGAUGUAUGAACGAGGACGAUUUCUAUGAUGAGGCUAAGAUCAUGAUGAGGUUUAAUCAUCCCAAUUUGUUGAGGUUCCACGGAAUCAUCAACCACAAAGGUCAAGUCGCUAUCCUAACAGAGUUCAUGUCUUUUGGAGACUUGUUCAAAUACCUACAGAAGCAUCCUGCCUUACCCGGGCAAACUGCUAUAGUGAUAGACAUGUGCAGACAGAUAGCUUCAGCAAUGAAGUACCUUGAAGACAGCAGGUUUAUACACAGGGAUUUAGCUGCAAGAAACUGUUUAGUGGGGCACCAGCGAGUUAUCAAGGUGUCAGACUUUGGAUUGUCCCGGUUUGUAUCCGAUGACGAGUAUACAGCCUCGGAGGGCGCCAAGUUCCCCAUUAAAUGGAGUUCACCUGAGGUGAUAGACUACGGUAAGUACAGUUCCAAAUCCGAUGUGUGGAGUUAUGGAGUGACAAUGUGGGAGAUACUGUCGGGAGGCCAGGUCCCUUACAGAGAACUCAACAAUCAACAGGUAAUCGUACAAAUAAGACGUGGAGGAAGACUCUCUCCUCCUCACUACGCCACACCCAAACUCAUUGAAAUAAUGGAACGCUGCUGGCAACACGUGCCGGAGGACCGCAUCACUUUCGAGGAAAUCGUCGAUAUUUUGACUGAAGUAAAUUUUAAUACCUGAAGUCCAUUUUAAUAGCUGACAGAUUUACAUUUUUAUCAAUAUCACUGAAUGAGUAAAUGCUUCAUUAUUCAGUCGAUUAAGCAGAAUGAUAGACUUUAACCAUUGCAAAUUAACAAAUGAUAAUAAAAAUAUCUUUUAUUCACCCCUAAUUCCUAACUUAACUCCUGGUACACCGACUAUCCGAACUAAUUUUACCGGAUACAUUAUAUUAUAUGAGUAUUUACCUGUGAUGAUACUUUAAUAGUUAUUUAGUUAUUACAACUCUGUAGUCUUUUAAAUCUGUUCCGAAUGCAAAAAAAUGUCUGUUUUGGAUUUGUGAUAAGUGUUCUAUUAACCGUUAUGACUUCUGCUGUGAGUGUAUGAAUUAUUUUUGUAUGAAUUUUAACUUUGUUUCCAGUUUUAUGAAUAGUAAA